AAAAAUUAAAUUAAAAAAUAUCUAAUUUAUAGUUCAUAAGUUAAAUAUUAAAAAUAUAAAAAAAAAAUAAGUGAAGUGCAAAAAUAUAGAAAAUUAUGCCCAAAAGCAUGAAUAAAAAUGAGGAUUUACCAUUACCAUAUAAUUGGGAAAGAGGACAGGAUUAUGAUGGAAAAGUCUACUAUAUUGAUCACACGAGAAAGAUCACAACAUGGAUAGAUCCUCGAGAUAGAACAUUCUUUAUCGAUUGGGGGUUUGAUGUUAACGGGAAAUCUGAUAUCGGGGAAUGGUACACAAAGCCAGAAACAUUCGCCGAUUGCAUUGGCAAUGAGCUACCAUUAGGAUGGGAGGAAUCAUAUGAUAACCAAAUCGGUGUAUUUUACAUCAAUCACAAUAAUCAAUGCACACAGUUAGAAGAUCCACGACUAGAAUGGAGAGAUAUGCAAGAGCAAAUGUUAAAAGAAUAUAUGUCAUCGGCAGAGGAACAGCUUGAAGCGAAAAAGGAAAUCUAUGAUAUAAAACAGCAGAGAUUAUUAUUAGCACAAGAUGAGUAUAAUCAUUUAAAUGCAUUAGCAACAAGUCGUACGAGUUUAUGUUCAUCGGCGAGUUCAUGUAGCACAAAAUUCGAUCCUGAUCUGUUGCGUGCUGAUCUUGCGUUGGCAAAAGAGCGCGUGAAUCGAUUAAGAAAGGAAAUGGCACGAAUUCAAAAUGAAAUGUCAUACACACAGAAGGGCGUUGAGACACUACAUAGUGUCGAGCAAAAGCUCAGUAGUCAUCAAAAUGGAUGUUAUAGUAUAAAUGAAGCACAAGCCAUUAUGGAGGAAGUAAAGAAAAUUCAAAAGUCAUUACUUUUGGGAGAGAAGGAGAAGAAAGAACUUAUGCAUAGUUUAGCGCAAGUCAAAGAAGACCUCACACGUCUUCAAUUAAGACAAGAGAGUCCCGAUGCAAGUACGUUUAACUUGAACGAUCGUGUCUCGGCUGCAUCGCAAACUGACAUUUGUCUUGAUGCAUUUCCAAUUGGCGCACGUGAGAUGGCAAAACUUCGAAUGAAAUAUGAUGAAUAUCGUAAGAAAGUGAAAGAUAUACAAGAGAAAUUGGCAGCAUUAGAAGAGAGAAUAAGACCAGGUGAAUUGGAAUCUGAUCAGGAUCGAUUGUUACUAUUUCAAGAGAAGAAGCAACUUCUUAUGGAAUAUCGUAGUAUUUCACCUCGUUCACGUAGCGAAGACGAAAUGACUAAAAUCAAACAAUUGUGUAAAAAAUUAGAAUCCGAUUUAAAUAAUGCAUAUGAGGAAUCCAAUCAAUGUAUUGCAUACCGAUUAAAGCUACAUGAAGAAAAGCAGAUGUUGCUUCAAGAGUUAUUGGAUGCUUUACGAGAAGUAACGCAUCUUGAGAAUCAAUUAAAGUCUGUAUCAGCAAGCACGCUUUCAAUAAGUAGUAGUGGCUCAAGUUUGGGUUCGUUAUCGACAGCCAGCAGUAAAGGAUCAUUAAGUGGCAUCAGCUUUACUGAUAUUUAUGGUGAUCCAUUAAUGACUGACCCAAGAGUCGAUAUGGUUGAUUUAUCACGACAAAUUCAAUACUUCCUUCCACCAUCUACAUCCGAAAUUUCAUUAUCGUCUCGAAGUAGUCUAUCGACAGCUGAAACACCACCUGCAUCCCCACUCAAACAGGAACCAAUGUAUGAGAACGCACAAGAAGCAUUGGCAGCAGCAUUAUUUGAGGUAAUCCCAUCGACAUCGCAGCAGCAACAAAAUAUUUUACUUGACUGCAAUAGACUUAAAGAACAUUUACAAGAAUAUGCUAAACAGAAGCGAUUAUCACCAAUUAAUGAGAAAGGACUUCUUCAUAUUCCACAAUCUGUCCUUAGUCGCUCAUCGUCAGCAUCCAAUACAGUCUCAGCAGCUGUAAGUGAUGAAUCUGUUGCCGGAGAUAGCGGCGUUUUUGAAGCAUCUCGUGCAUCAACACAAAUCAAAGAAUCAGCACAGAUUCAAGUCACACUAAAAUACCUUACAGAGGAAUGUGCUUUACUCAUUACAAUCGAGAGAGCGAGAAAUUUAACAGUUUUAGGAUUACCUUCUGGUUGCCAAUUGUAUAUUAAAGCUAUUUUACUUCCUGCCGCGUCUGGAAAUUCCGUAAUUUUGCGCACAAAAACAUUUAAUGAAUUUUUAAAGCCUGUCUUCGGCGCUAGUGUUCAAAUACCAAUCUCUUUGAGUAAAGUCUAUACAAAGUCGCUUCAGAUUAAAAUUAUGAUGUUGCUUAGUCAAAAAGAGGAUUGGGUGGGAAGUGCUCAAAUAAGUCUUGCAGAAUUUAGUACACAUCAAGAUGGUAAUAGUAAAUGGUAUAAUAUCAUUAGUCGUGAAAAUAUGAAUGAAACCGAGGUAGAAGAGAACUUAGUAGCAGCAAAAGAGGAGUCAUCCGAUGAGUCAACUGUAAUAUCCUCACAGACAUCAACGUUAACAAGAAAUCAAGGCCAUGAUGAAAUGCAACAAGCAGUUUUAGCGAUGAGCUUACAAGAGCAACUUAGUUAUUGUAGUGAUGAGGAAGAGAGUGACGAAGAGGAAGGAAAUGAUGAAGCGUGUGGAGGAAAAUUAGAUGAAGUUUACGAUGACGACUCUACAGCUCAAAUGAUUGAAACUUAUAUGAAUGAAGUACAAAGUUAUAGUGUUAUGAAUGUUGAAAUUGAAACUGUCGAUGCUCAAACAAAUACAGAAAACUUGCCUGAUUAUCAACAACGUACACUUAUGUUGAGGCUUCGAGAACGAACAUCAGCUUCGACAAACUCAUUACGUGAUCCAAAAAUUUAUCCCAUUGAGGAUCGAAGUAGUUUAGUGAAACGUUCACAAACGUUCUCACCGAGUGUUGCUUGUAAUAAAUCUCGUUAUAUCUGUCGACGAAGUGAUAGUGAUAGUGCAAUGCAUUUUAAUAUAACAGCUGCAGUUUCCGCUCAGCCUCAACCUCAUCCGUUCCGACGUGGUGCUGUCGAAAGAAGGUCAUUGAGAUAUCAUGGAAAAGCACCACGUGUCUUAGCAAAAUCUGCUCCUGGCUUGCCACCAAGAACCAGCAUAGACUUAGAGCUCGAUCUUAAAGCACAACAAUCAAGACUAGAAUCAUUAAAUGAUCAAAUAACGAAACUUCGUGAACUGAAACAUCGUUUGGAGCAAGCACGAGAUGCAAAUGAUAUUCAAAUUGCAAAUUGGGCCUUAGAAAAUGAUGAAUUUAAAUCACUUAUCAAUGAAUGUAAUAUCAACUCGGAGGAGGAUAGGCGAGUACAAAAACUUUUCCGUAAAACAUCAAAAGAGAUUUACAAGUUGCGUAAAGCAAAAGUUGACAAAACAAAGCCAGAUAUGAUUUCUUUUAAAGAAAAAAUGGCAUUCUUUACUCGUCGUGGAACGUCAUUAGUACCUGAAAUUCCUACAAAUAAUGCAACAAACAAUAACAGUAAUGACAGAGAAAUCUCCGAAGAAGAUGCAAGAAAAUAUAGCUAUGUUUUAGAUAGAGAUGGUGUUGAAGUUUAAACAAAAAAGUAAAAAUAAAAAAAAAACAGAUUGGAUGAACCAAAAUAUUAAUAUUUACAAUAUAAUAGUUGCAAUAAGUGCCUUUAACGUUUAUUUACGAUGUAAGUGGUAAAGCAAUUGAGAUAAAAAAUUAUUCUGUUCAAAGCUCAUUAUCUUCUUUGACAAAUCAAUUUGUAAAUAGGAAAAACAAAUUCUUUCAUAAGAGGCUAAAAAAUGCUUGAAAAAAAUUAUUAAUGCUAUUUUUGAAUACUCUAAUCUACAGGAAAAAAGCAAUUACU